AUGGAGAUUUUUGUUGGAUGUGAGUUGAGUCUGAAGCCAGUCAUGGCUAACGGAUCUAUUAAAAUUGGGUUGGCAGAUACGUGCAAGCUGGUGAAUUCCCGUCUUAUGGCGGUAGCUUUCUUUGGUGAAAAACUCGCAUCUGAGCCCAUAUUUGCUGAGGCUAUCUACCAACAUCCCUUGCAAACUGUGACUUGUAUGAGUCUGUUUCAACUUGCACCAUCGUUUACGUACCCAUUUAUAUCCGCCAUUGUGACUCGGAACGGGCAAGCAAUGAAACAAGUUGAAGAGCGGGUGUGCCCCAUCAUCGAGAAGGGAGUGGACAGCUGGGAUCACCCCUCACAAGUAGAACAUACAAUCCUCUACAACAUGAUCGAAGAAACGAAAGAUAACCGCGGCUACUGGACCCCGGCCGCCGUCUGCCAGGCAAUUAUGGGACUUUGGCUCGCAGCAUCACAUCAACCAUGGGUGAAUCUGUAUAUUUUCAUAUAUCAGCUUUGCACACAUCCAGACUGGCAAGAUAUAAUCCGAGAGGAAUUCCGCGCAAACGGCAGUGGCAUGGACUUUGACAGCCUUCAAAACCUCCCCCUGUUGGACAGCUUCAUGCGAGAGAGCUCAAGAUUUCACUGUUUGGAUAAGCUAAAUAUCCGCCGUAAGGCCAUGGGCGACUACACCUUCUCGGAUGGUUCGACAUUCGCCCCGAAAGGGUCAACUGUCUGCGUCUCCAACUAUGACGUAUCGCACGAUCCCGGGAAUUACCCGAACCCCGAUAUAUUUGAUGGCUUUCGCUUCGUGCGUGGCCGAUCCAAUGACCGGACUACUGGAUAUGCCGAUGUCUCCGAAAAGAAUCUUAUGUGGGGCUAUGGCUCGCUAGCUUGCCCUGGGAGGGUGCAUGCAUCUUUCGUCAUUAAGUUUGUGUUGUGCUCGCUACUUCUUCGGUACGACAUGCGGCUCGAGCGGGAGAACAUGCGUAGUCACUGGACAUACGAAUCGUUCAGCAUGCCUUAUGGGUCGACGAAUGUUAUGUUGCAACCCCGAGAGAUUAGCAGUCAAGUGUAA